UAGUCUUUUUUUUCUUCUCUUGAUAUUUUCUAUUUAUCCGAAUUUCUUAGAAAUGAAAUCACGAAAAAAUUCUAAAAAUUUACAAAAUGUAUUAUUAACUCAUGAUGAAGUUGAUUCUGAAAAUUCUGAUAAAAUUACAAUGAUCUUUCCGAGUGCUCAACCUUGCACUAUUGAACCUUUUGAACCACCACCGGGAAAAAUUAUAAGAUCUAGAAGAAAUACUUUUACUUAUGGUCAAGUUGGUGAAGGGAGCACUUCUCAUUCCUCUACAAUAUAUGAUAGUGGUAUUGAUAGUCAUAAUGAACUUGUCCCUUACUCUAAAGAGUGGACGGUCAUUCUGCGUAAUGAAAACGCUGGUCAAUUAGUCCUUUAUAAUACUACUAACCGACGCGUUUCGGUUAGACGUUUACCACCAAGAAAUGAUCCGUUAUCAUCCCAGUCUCAGGUGUUGACUACAUCACCUGCGUGUUUUAUAUGCGGAAGACCUUAUGAAACAGCUAAUCAUAUGUCUAGCACUUUAAAUCCAGAUUUUAUGCAUAGAAAUUAUUUUCGUUUAUUAGGGAAUUCUGAAAGCAUUCAACCCGAAGUAUCACCUAUAAUUGUGCAAUCCACAUUUUCUACGCACACUGUUUCAUCACACUCCUUUGCAGAAUCUUCAACAACAACAACAUCAUCAUCAUCCAUAAAUUCAGAUUUUGAAACACAUUCUAACCUUUCACAAAAUUCAUUUAAUCAAGGAUAUUAUGAGAGAUUUUUUAUUGAAGAAAAAAAACUGGGACGAGGAUUUCGUGGAUCUGUUUAUCUCUGUAAGCAUAUUCUGGAUAACGUACAUUUGGGAGAAUAUGCUAUUAAGAAAGUUGCCGUUGGUGAUAAUCAUUCAUGGUUGGUUAGGAUGUUAAGAGAAGUUCAUUUAUUAGAAAAGUUACAUCAUCCAAAUAUUGUGGAUUAUAAGCAUGCUUGGUUAGAAUAUCAUCAAUUAACAAAUUUUGGUCCACAAGUUCCAUGUUUAUUUAUUUUAAUGGAAUGCGCUAAUGGAGGAAAUUUAGAAGAAUAUAUUAAAGAGCAAUCAUCAACACAACAUGAUUCAGAGGAAGUAAAUUUAAGCGCAAAAGAACGUUUAUUGCGUACAAGAAGAAUGAGACAAGCACAUGAACAAUCAACAACAAAUCCUAAUAAUGUACCAAAAAAACGUUAUUUAGAAUUGCCAGAGAUUUGGUCGUUGUUUAUAGAUAUUUGUGAAGGUUUGGCUCACUUACAUCGACACGGUAUUGUGCAUAGGGAUUUAAAACCUUCAAAUUUGCUAUUACAAUAUGACGAGGAGGAAAAUAGUAUACCAAGAGUUUUGAUAUCAGAUUUUGGAGAAUGUGAAAUAUUAGAUCAACUUUCAGAACGUGAUCGAACUGGCGCAACUGGAACUCUUGAGUUUAUGGCACCUGAAUUAUUAACUGUUGAUGAGAAUGGAAAAUAUUAUAAAGAUUAUUCUCAAAAAUCUGAUAUGUGGUCUUUGGGAAUGGUUCUUUAUUAUCUUUGUUAUUCAAGACUUCCUUAUUAUCAAGUGGAUGAUGUUGAUUUAUUGAAACAAGAAAUUUUACAUUUCAAAAGUGUGUCGUUUCCGGAAAAUAACAAUUUUUUUACAAGUUCUUCACGUAAAAUUCCUCAACAACUUAGAAAUUUGAUUAAACGAUUGUUAUCAUGGAAUAAAAAAAGUAGACCUUCUUGUGAUGAGAUAUUGAAAUCAGUUGAAGAUAUUAGGCCGACUUUUGCAAAAAACGUUUAUAAUGAAACUCCAGUCUCAUUACCAAAUGAAGAAUAUGUGACAAGUUCAUCAUCAGCUCCAAUUUCAACCAACAAUUCUACUACUACCACAAGAAUGACAUCUAGUAAAGUCGGUUUAAAUACACAUCACAUAAUAUCAGAAUCUGUUAUAUCGUCAGACGUUUCUUCUUCCGAAUCUAUCGAAUCUAUCGGAAAUAAUGAUGAAACAACAAAUUUACGUAAACGUAAGAAAGUUGCUGAAAAAGUUCAUAUCGCUCGAGAGAGCGAAGGUUCUUCAACAUCUGGUAUUGAAGAUGUUGAACAGAUUUCAUCAAUAUUUAAGAAUGGGCAAAUCCACGAUAAUCAAGCAGCAAUUGUUCGUGCAAUACCUCCCAGAGAUUCAUUAUAUCACGUUACAUACUAUUUGGAAUUAAUAUCUUCUCGAAUAUUUGAAGGUGGAUGGUGGAAAUUUCUAAAGCUUAUUAUAGUUAUAAUAAAGAUUGCAACCUGCGUGACACCUUGUUCACCUUAUUCACCUACACCUUGGGUAUUAUAUCCAGUUAUUAUUUUUGCAAUUAUAGACCUUUACACUAAGCGAGUAACUUUUAGCUUUGCCUUAUUUUUACUUCAUGUUACUUGGAUCAGUAUUUUUAAAAUUGGAGGAAAUUUGUGCAAAGUAGGAUCAAAGGGCUUUUAGAAUAAUCAAUAUAAUUUAAUUCAAUAAAAAAAAAUGGAAAUUUUGAUUAAUAAUAUUAUUUUAAGGAACGCUACAUAAGAUUAUGUAAACAUUAGUAGUAAUUUUUAUACUCAUUUUUGUUGUAAAAUUUUGAAUAUUAUAACUAAU